AUGGAGAAGACAACCGGAAAGGUCAUCACUUGCAAAGCCUCUGUUGUUUGGGGUCCUGGGGAGCCUUUUGUGAUGGAACAAGUUCAAGUUGACCCGCCCCAGAAACUGGAAGUCCGAGUCAAGAUCCUAUUCACCUCAAUCUGCCACACUGAUCUCAGUUUUUGGAAAGGAGAGAAUGAAGCUCAACGUGCGUUUCCUCGAAUUCUAGGUCAUGAAGCAGCCGGAAUCGUUGAGAGCGUCGGUGAAGGAGUGACAGACAUGAAAGAAGGGGAUCAUGUCAUCCCUAUCUUCAACGGGGAGUGUGGUGAUUGCAAGAGCUGCAGGCAUGGCAAGACUAACAUCUGCAGCAGCUUUGGAGUAAACCCGAUGAAGACGGUGAUGAACAACGACGGCAGAACAAGAUUCUCAGUAAUAACGGAAGAGGGUGACAAGAAACCCAUAUAUCAUUUUCUCAACACGUCAACCUUCAGUGAGUACACAGUUCUUGAGUCCGCCUGUGUUGUCAAGAUUGACUCGGAAGCUCCCCUUAAGCAGAUGACGUUGCUCAGUUGCGGUGCUUCAACUGGAGUUGGUGCUGCAUGGAAUAUUGCUGAUGUUCAACCUGGCUCAACAGUCGCCAUUUUUGGUUUAGGUGCCAUUGGACUUGCCGUCGCUGCAGGAGCCAGAGCCAGAGGAGCAUCUAAAAUAAUUGGCGUUGAAAUGAACCCUAAUAAAUUUAUCAAAGGGCCAAGCAAUGGAAUCACAGAUUUCAUAAACCCACGCGACCCAGGAAAGCCUUUGCAUGAGAGAAUCAGGGAAAUAACAGAGGGAGGUGUGGACUAUAGCUUUGAGUGUGUAGGAAACUCUGAUGUUCUCCGGGAAGCCUUUCUUUCCACACAUGAGGGAUGGGGCUUUACUGUGAUAUUGGGAAUUCAUGCAACCCCAAAAAUGCUUCCCCUCCAUCCAAUGGAGCUGUUUGAUGGUCGAGGAAUUAUCGGAUCUGUGUUUGGAGGCUUGAAGGGGAAGAGCCAACUCCCUCAUUUUGCCAAAGAAUGCAUGCGCGGGGUGGUGAAUUUAGACGAGUUUAUAACACAUGAGCUUCCUUUCGAGAAGAUAAACGAUGCGUUCCAGUUGCUCGUCCAAGGCCAGUCACUGAGAUGCAUUCUGCACUAGUGAUCCGAUCCUCAGCUUCGUUUUCACUGUCCCGGAUUGUCUUUGUGAUUCAUAAAUGGUUGUGUAGUACUUGGCCUAAAUAGGCCAUUCUAUAUAAAUAAGAGGCAGAGGAAAGUUUCUCCAUC